AUGAUGAUAUGGCCAAAAUAUUCAUCUACUACAAUAUUACAAGAACGUCUUUUCCUUUCCGUUUCUCCCUUAAUUAAUGUAAUUUAUUUUUUUCUCACAACUUUUCUCUCCCUCUCUCUCCUCCCCCCCUCUCAACCUCUCUCCCCUCCCCCCCUCUCCCUCUCCCCCCCCCCCUCUCUCUCUCUCACACACAGAAAGUUGUUUAUUUCUCUAUCCCCUCUCUCCUCCCCCCAUCUCCCUCUCCCCCCCUCUCUCACACACACACAGAAAGUUGUUUAUUUCUCUCUCCUCUCUCUCUCUCCCCCCCUCUCUCUCUCUCUCUCUCUCCCCCUCCCUCCCUCUCCUCUCUCCCCCCCUCUCUCUCACACACACAGAAAGUUGUCUAUUUCUCUAUCCCCUCUCGAUCACUCAGCGUUCUAUUUCUCAACUUCCAAACUGUUUUUCUUCCCUUCUAUUUUAUUUUAUAAAUCAAAGCAAAUAUUUCUCUUUUAUUCUUUCACUGUUGCAUUGUUAUUUUUAUGUCUCUCCACGGCCUUUCUUUCUUUCCAUACAAGGAUUACCUUUCUUUUAUCCAAACCCUUUCUUUCUUUCUUUCUUUCUUUCUUUCUUUCCAUGCAAGGAUUACAUUCCUUUUGUCAAACCCUUUCUUUCUUUCUUUCUUUCUUUCUUUCUUUCUUUCUUUCUUUCUUUCCAUACAAUUUUUACCUUUCUUUUGUCCAGACCCUUACUUCCUUAUUUCUUUCUUUCUUUUGUUUUUCUUUCUUUCUUUCUUUCUUUCUUUCUAUACAAGGUUUAUCUUUCUUUUGCCCAAACCCUUUCUUUUUUUUUUUUUUACUUUUCAGACAAGCUCCACAAGGUUUUGUUUUCUUUUGUUCAAACCCAUUCUUUCUUUCUUUCUUUCUUUCUUUCUUUCUUUCUUUCUUUGCUUGCUUUUUUUCUUUUCCAGACAAGUUUUCUCUUCAUUUUUCCAAACCUUUUUACUUUCUUUCUUACUCUCUUUUUUCUUUCUUUCCCGACAAAUUCUGUCUUUAUUGUCUUCAAACGCUUCUUUCUUUCUUUCUUUCUUUUUUUCUUUCUUUCUUUCUUUCUUUCUCGUCUUUUGCUGAACACUUUUCUUGUUAUUUCUUCAAGAAUCAAUUAUUUUUUCUUUCUCUUUCCUCUCAUUACACUCUCUCCGUUUUUUGUUGGUGCCUUAUCACGCUUUCACUCUCGCUCUUUGCCUCUCAUUUCCCUCUCUCUCUCUCUCUCUCUCUCUCUCUCUCUCUCUUUUCUUUCUCUUUAAUAUCUCCAUCAUCUUCCUUUUCUACAACAAUGCAUCACGUAGAGACGCUCAUUUGUCGCACCAUUAAUUUAAUCAAUCUUUCUCUCUCACUUUCUCUUUCUCUCUCUCUUAUGUCUUCUCUCUCUCUCUCUCUCUCUCCCUCUCUCGUCUUUUCUCUUCAUUUAUUUCUCUAUCUUUCUUUUUUCUCUUCCGUUCUCUUUCUUUUCUUUUUCUUUCUUUUCCAUUCUCCUUCCUCUUUCUUUCACAUUCUUCCCCCUUUCUUUCUUUUUCUUUCGCUUCUCUUUUCUUUCACUUUCUCUCUCACUCUCUCUUUUCUUUCUUUUUCUUUCUCUUCUAUUUUCAUUCACUUUCUAUCUCCUUUCUUUCUUUUUCUCUGUCUUCCUUUUCGCUUCUCUUUUUUUUCUUUCUUUUUCUCCUUAAUUCUCAUUUCUUCACAUUCUACAUUUAUUUCUCUCUCUCCCUCACUCACUCUCUCUGCAUUUGCUAUUUCUUUCUCUUCCUUGUUUGUCUUUUUCUUUCUUGCUUUUUUUCUUCCUUUUUUUCUUCUUCCUUACCUUAUCUAUCACUCAUGGCCCUUCUCUUUUAUCAUAGAUAUCCACACCAUUUAUCCACUAUCAUCACUAUUAUCAUUUCUUCCACUAUCUAUCUAUCUAUCUAUCUAUCUAUCUAUCUAUCUAUCUAUCUAUCUAUCUAUCUUUUCUGACUCUUCCCUUUUCUCUUUAACCACCUCUCUCUCUCUCUCGCUCUCUCUAUUUCUAUCUCAUCUUACCUCUCUCUCAUUCUCUGUUUCCUUCAUUACUAUCAAUCUCUUCUGUCUCUUUCUAUUUCUCUCUAACUACCACUUGCUUACUUAUUCUCUCCCACUAUCUAUCUAUCUAUCUAUCUAUCUAUCUAUCUAUCUAUUCUGUUUUUCCCCUUUCUUUUUAACUAUCUUUCUCUUUUCUUUAUUUCUAUCUAUAUCUUCUAUUUCUUUCUCCUUCCCUCUAACCACGUUUCUAUUCCUCAUUCUCUUUCACUAUCUAUCUAUCCAUCUCUUCUGCAUUUCCCCUUUCUCUUUAACCACCUCUCUCUCGUUUCUUUCUUUCUAUCCAUAUACCUCUUCUUUCUCCUUCUCUUUUUCUCUUACCACCUUUCUCUUCCUCAUUCAAUCUAUCUAUCUAUCUAUCUAUCUAUCUAUCUAUCUAUCUAUCUAUCUAUCUAUCUAUCUAUUCUCUCUCUUCCCCUUUCUCUUGAAUCAGUUCUCUCUUCUUUCUUUCUUUCUUUCUUUCUUUCUUUCUUUCUUUCUUUCUUUCUUUCUGUCUAUCUUUCCUUUCUUUCUGUCUAUCUUUUCUUUCUCUCUCUUUCUCUCUAAUCAUCUCUCUCAUUCUUUUCCUUUUUCUCUUCGUGCCACCCCCAUCCUUUUCACUCUAUCUCAACUUCACUUUAUCGCGCCUUCCCAGCAUGCAUUAUCUUGCCAAUGUAAUUAA